AUGACAACCUAUACACUGACCCCAUCGGAAAAAACCUCGAUAUCGAUCUUCCCCAAGCACAAAAUCUCAAGGAUCGACAGGAACAUCUACAGUGGCUUCACCGAACACAUGGGCCGCUGCAUCUACACGGGCAUCUAUGACCCAUCCAACCCUCACAAACACCUCCUCACACCCGAAGGAUUCCGGAAAGACGUCCUCGACGAGCUUCGUCCACUUUCGAUCCCCGUGUUUCGCUACCCCGGCGGCAACUUCUGUGCGACAUACCACUGGCAAGACGGGAUCGGUCCCGUCUCCCAACGUCCUGCGCGGCCCGAACUGGCCUGGGGCGCCAUCGAGACCAAUCACUUUGGCACUGAUGAGUUCAUGGCGUGGUGCGCCGCGGUGCACGCCGAGCCAUACCUCUGCCUCAACUUCGGCACAGGGACGCUAGACGAGGCCCUCGCGUGGGUUGAAUACUGCAACGGCACCAAGGACACGUACUACGCCAACCUGCGGCGGGCCAACGGCCACGCUGCCCCUUACAACGUCAAGUACUGGGCGUUGGGCAACGAGAUGUGGGGGGACUGGCAGCUCAACCAGAUGACCGAAUCCGCGUACGCCGACCGCGCGUGGCAGUGGGCUAAGGCGCUCAAGCUUCUUGACCCGUCCAUCACGCUGAUCCUGUGCGGCAAGGAGGGUCCGACGUCGUGGGACUACCACGUCCUCAAGCACUGUCUGCGGCCCGCGGGGCUGAGCGACCUCGGCGAGGCCCAGACGCCCCUGAUUGAUAUGCACAGCAUCCAUCUGUACACGGCGAGCGAGGACCACUACGAGAACGCCACCGCGCCCUUGGCCGCCGAGCGCUCCAUCGAGGUGUGUUCGGCCCUGAUCGACCUGGCAUUUGUCGAGAACAAGCUCCCCGCCACGCAGACGCGGCCCAAGAUCUGCUUCGACGAGUGGAACGUUUGGUCGCCCCCGAGGGCCCCCGGGAGUAAAUGUGCUGAGGAGAAGUACACGCUCUCCGACGCCCUGGCCGUGGCCGUAUGGCUGAACGUCUUGGUCCGCAAGGCCCGGGAUCUGGGCAUGGCGUGCAUAGCGCAGAGCGUUAACGUGAUAAGCCCCCUCAUGACCACCGAGACCGGCGUCAUCAAGCAGACCACCUGGUUUCCGUACGAGUUGUUCUGUCGGUUCAUGAAGGGCCACACCGUGGCGGUGCAUCUCGAGUGUGAUGCGUACACGGGGCCGACGAAGCCGGACUGGGUGAGAGCUACGAAAGACACGCCGUGGCUGGACGUCAGCGCUACGCUCGAUGACGAAGGCUACGUGACCAUGUGUGUGGUGAAUAUCCAUCUAGACACAGACUUGUCGACGGCUGUAAAUGGUACUGCCGGAGCAAAGGUUCGCGUCUUCUCCAUCACAGGUUCGCAUGAGAAAAUCACAAACAUGGCUGGGAAAGAGGAAGUUGGAAUCCAAGAGUCGGAAUGGGAUUCGAGUGCAAAUGCAGACUUUGUGUUUCCAAGGUGUUCGGUCACAAUGUUGAGGUGGAAGCAGGAAUAG